CAUACCGGUGAGAAACCAUUUCAGUGUGACAUCUGCUAUAAAAGUUUUGCACGGUCCGAUAAGCUUACCUGUCACAAAAGGAUUCACACGGGAGAAAAACCGUACAUCUGCUUUUGUGGUAAGCGGUUCAGUCGAAUAGACCACAUGAAAAUGCAUGCUGCCAUACAUAAAGUUGAUGGCAAUAGACUAGGUGGUAUGUUGGAAGAAGCCAGAAAUAAGGACUUGGUAAGCAGAGGGCUUCCUAUACCAGUUAAUACAUCUGCCCCACAUACUUGCUCAUAUUGUGGCAUGACUUUUACCCAGAGUUAUAAGUAUAAACGACACCUGAGGGUACACACGGGGGAAAAGCCUUACGAAUGCUUCUGCGGUAGCCGUUACUCGCGUUCCGAAAGGCUCCGCAGGCAUCAGAUAAAGUGCCAUGGGUUUCCUGAGAUUACUUCACGUAAUGGGCUGCCCAUGAAUAUGAUGCCACAAGUUCUAUUGCAAGUUAAACAGACUGUAAGCGGUGUUUCUCUUGAAGCGAAUGAAGCAGGCUUGUUAGAGUCCACAAAAUGUGAUGCUCAACCUGAUGUCAAACCUGAAAUUGGAGUUAAUGAAGGCAAUGCGAUUCCCCCUCCUUCCUUUGGCACUUUAGUUGAUAUUGAGCAUGUCAUGAGAGAAGUUGUUGCAGAACAGGUCACUCAACCAAAGCAGACACUUGCUGCUAAAGAUGCUAAAGACAAUGGCGUGCACUGCUGUGAGUUUUGUCCAAAGACCUUCAAAAAAGCUCACAAACUAGGCCUUCACAGAAGAAUCCACACAGGGGAGAAACCUCACCUUUGUGUUUCUUGUGGAAAGGCUUUUGCUCGUAAAGAUCACAUGUUGAAGCACAUGAACAUCCAUUUAAAAAGGAGGCAGUUUUCCUUGAUGAAUGCUGCAAAUGCAGGGGGUGAAGAGCAGCAUUCCCCUGAGAGCACUAUAGAUGUAGGGGAUGAAGAAGAGAAGCCAGCUGCAGAUGAUGUGAACAUAGAAGAGAAGCCUGUUGAGGAAGAUGUUGAAGAAGAUGAAGAGUUAGAGAUGGAGAAAAUGGAGAGUGAAGAAACUAAAGGAAGUCCUGAAACUGAAGAUAAGGAAGAGGAAGUAGCCUCAGUCAAUCAAGAGGGUCAGGAAUUACAUGUGUGUAGUAUAUGUGGACAUGCCUUCAGGAAGGUUUACAACCUUCAGUCCCACAUGCAGAUCCACACUGAACGAACCCUUUUCGAAUGCGGUGUUUGUAGUAAACAGUUCAAAGUGAAAAAGAAUUAUGAAGCUCAUUUGCUUAAUCAUGAACUUCAGAUGGAUCUCACCGAGGAAAUCAUAGAAAGCUCGGACCUUAACAAAGCAAGGUCGCAGCGAGCCCAGUGUACAACCUGUGGGAAGUGGUUAGUUUCUAUGAGCAGUUUGGAAACGCACAUGAGAUCUCAUACCGGUGAACGACCGUUUCAGUGCAACAUUUGUGAACAUGCUUUUAUUCGGAAAUCUGACAUGUUGAGGCACAUGAAAUCGCAUACAGGGGAGAGGCCUUAUGAAUGCACUCACUGUCUGACAACUUUUUCCAGGAAGGACAAACUUGUGUUUCAUUUGAAGAAACAUGAUGAAGGCACAUAGUACUACUGCACAGUAGUUAUGUAAAUGAUAAAUGUUUCUUAAGCAUGUACAGAGUAUGUAUGAUAUAAAUUAAGGUUUUAUUGUAUCCAGUAUUUUAUACUAGUCAAGAGUUUAGUACUACUGUAUGUGGAAUUAUAAAAUGUUACAUAGCAGACCUUUUCAAAUGUGGGAGAUGACAAUAGUUUAUAUACUUGUAUAUACAAGAGAGUUUUUGUGCACAUAUAUUUGUAUAGCUUGUUACAUUGUUAACCUUAGGUCGUUGAAUCAUGUCAGAAUAUAAAUUUGUAGAGUUAAUGCCUCUUUGCCUCGAGCUUAUUGACGAUGUAUUAGAGCCUGGAAAUUUUGUGCCCCAUUCUUUAAUGCUUUUUAUUUCUAGAGAGAGGUUCUUCAAGGGUUGUUGGGUAGGAUUUCUUUGGCCUAAUUAUGUGUAUAAGUGUCCUAGUUAUGUGCACUGUUUAAUCCUCUGAGUUGCAAACAAGUAUUUUAUGUGUCACAAAACUAUAAGUUUUCCUAAUCCCCUGUGAAAAUUAGUUGAUAGACUUUUAUCUGACCUGUGUACUAAUACAGAAUAUUUGAGGAAAGAGGCAGAUAUACAUAUAUAUAUAUCUAUGUAUGUGAUGGUAAGUAUAUAUAUAUUAUAUUAUUUUAUGUUAGUUUGUAAAACAGUUCGUGUAUAUAAUACACAUAUGCAAGAUCUUUUAUCAAUGUUGAUCGCUGUAUGUUAUUUUUUACAGUUUGUUUAAGGUAGUUUUAUGUCAGUGUUGAUUGAUUAAGUAUUUUUAAAAGUUUAUUUCAGGUCAUUUGUACGUAGAUAUCUGAGCUAUACUUGAGCCGAUGUCGACUCCAACUAAUUUAUUUGUCCUCGGUUUCUCAUUUUAUGUUUUCGGAUGACUCCUCUCUUCAUUCCAGGAACAAAUUAUGAUCUGUCAGUCUUAACCUUAGAGGCAGUUCUUUUAUACUGUAAGAGGCAGUUCUUUUAUAGUAAUUCUUUUUUACGCUAAGCAUUAUUUGAAGUCUGAAAGUGGCUUGUUGAUGUACAAGAUCGUAUUCUUUUAGUCCACAUUCCACACUUAUUGUUUAAUUCGUGCUGAUGACCGGAACUCACUUCAGAAAUGUAGUCCCUGUAUGUUGUGCAUUCCCUGACUCUGAACAUCAUCUGAAAAACUGUGAUUCGAAUAAUUCUUACAAAUUAAGAAUGCAGAAAUUGUGAGACUUGUGCAAUAUUGUUGUUGUUUAUCUGGUGAAUAUGGUGGGUAAAGAGAGUCAUUGGUUAUCAAAACUGUAAAUGUCUUAUAUUUUGAAAGGUACUAUAUAAAUAUACAUUGUUUGUUAUGCCUUCAGGUACUGGACUUAUGUUUUAUUGUAUACGUACUUACAGUGCAAUAGUUUUACUUCUUGGGGUUAACAUAUUUACAGUAAUUGUGACUAGUCAAGGUAAAAAUUUUGAUGUGAAUAAGAGGCACAGUAUAUAAGUGCAGCAUUACUUGUCAUAUGUGUUGCAGAAUAUACAGAUAUUUAUAAAUUUUCCAACAAAAUUUAUUUUGAUUGAUGAUUAAAUGAAGUGGGAUAAUUGCAGCGCAGAUAGACAUAAAGCUCUCAUUAAUUAAUUAUAAUGAAGUAAAUGUCCACUGGGGAAGACUGAAUCUACUAUACCAUGAAAUAAGCGUAGGAGUCAUUUAUCUUUGUUUUAAAUGGUUAUCCUUUUCCCAAGUAAAUUUCAUGUGGAAUUAAUUGUAUGGAGACCUUUAGAAAAACUCAAUUUUAUGCAAUGGAGUACUGUGUAAAGGUCACCGAUUUGAGACAUCAACUUUCCUCUUGAUACAGUUUAAUACUCAGAUUUUACAAGUAAGAGGACCCAUUUUGCUGUGGCAGAAGUGUGUACUGUACUAAGUGCCUUCCAGUUCUCUGUUAUUUGAUGUAUUUUUGACAAUCAAAUGGGAUUUAUUGCAGUUUUCCCUUGGGCUGUAGCUGGUCGCUGAUAUAAAGGGUCAAGUUAGAAUGCUGAUAAUACAGGAUUUAGCUUGCAUAUACUUUGUCAGGAUUGACAAGGAUGGAAAUAGAUUGAGGUGUCAGAGUUAUAUGUUGGGGUCAGAUUUGGAUGAGAAGAGAUGAGAAAUGUAGCAAAUGUGGAAGCAGAAAGACUACAAACUUGCAGGUAGGCUGAGAAAAUCAGGGAACAGAGCAGAGGGGAAACCGGUCAGAAAGUGUACUAUAUAGAGAACGAGAGGACAUCCCUCAUCCAACCCUGCUAAGGGAAAUGGGGAAAACUCAAGGAUGGUAGGUAGAAAGAUAACCAGAGUUGUCUUUGUGAAUGACAAGGAAAUUAUUUUUCAUUGUUGAAUAGCAUUAACGAGCAAUUAUAGUUUGAAAAAGUUUACAGAGUGACAUCAAACGAUACAAAAUUUCAACAUCAUGAGGCUUUUAUGUGUAUAUGAAGUUCUCUGACCCUUUUUCCUUAUACGUAUUUGAGUACGAAGUGUUCAGGAAUUCUUAGUACACGAAGUGCAAAUGGCUGUUUUCAGCUUCCCAGUUGGCCCUCAAUGGCAUUGAACUUAUCUCCAAAUUUUUUUUUUUUAUUAUAGUAGUCUCUAUCCACUUAUCUGUCCAACAUAUUCAACCUGCCUUGCUUCACUUCGUUGAAGAAAAAAGAUUAAAUUAAGCCCAGAGGCUUUUCAAAACUAAUCUCAACAUUUGAGAACAGGUAUUUGAAUCGGUCGUAUCAAGAACAGGAAAUUGAUCCAGUCGUAAGAGAGUUUGGAAUUGUAACAUGUCAGGUUGGGGUAACUUAUUUCUGAAAGAGAACGGUUUUAUAGCGUCAUAAAGGAGAAUGAUUAUUGAAUUCUCGGUGAAUAGUUUACCUUUUGUACUUUUAUGUUUUUUAACAUUACAUUGGUAAUGUAUAGGUCACAUUGCAUAUAUGAAACCUCAUUUGUGGAACUUUGUUGUGAGGGUUAUAGGAUGUACUAUUGUACAGGUAACAACUAAAUCAUAGUUUCUUGUAUUCCUGCAAGUCUUAUUUUCAGUAAGACAAUUAAUCAUUUUUGUUAGACAUUUAUCGUGUUAACUGCAAAACAUAUUCUACUUCCUUUACAAGUUGUUAAUAUAAUUUAUUAAAUAAUCAGUUAUAAAUACAGUAUUAAAAGAAAUGAAGCUAUCACUUUAGAUAGUAAGUAUUAGGAAGGACAGAAUGUAUAACAUGUAUGCCAGCCCUUUGAGAAUAAGUAUUUUGACUCGGUGGUCUAGUUAAACUCCUAGAUAAUUAUAAUAAUAUCUCUUGUUGUUUUUUGGAAACCCAUUACAGUGGUCCCCCCGUAUUCACGGGGGAUGCGUACCAGACCCCCCGUGAAUAGUUAGAACCCACGAAUAGUUGGAACCCCUAUAAAAAUGCUGAAAACAGCCUAUUUUGUUAGUUAAAACUCAAGAAAAACCCAAUAAAAAAUUUUUAUACUUGUUUUUUUUAAUAGUUUUAUCACAAAAAGGGCAUUUUAUGAUGAAAUUUAUAUAAAAACCAAGAAUUUGUGGAUAUUUCUCAUAGAAAAAUACCGUGAAUAUGUGAAUUUUCCGCAAAUAAUGCAGGGAAACGUUCCCGAGAGAAAUCCGCGAAUCCGUAGAACGCGAAUACAGGGAGUCCACUGUACUAGAAGGGAAUUACAGUUGACUGCCAGGAUUUGUGGGGAAUGUGUCCCACAACCCCCUACAAAUAACUAAAAUCCGCAAAAACAGGCAGUCUCCGGUUAUUGGCAGACUCGGUUAAUGGUGGUCUGGUUUUAUGGCGUAGAGUUUCGGUUAUUGGCAUCAUAAGGUGCCAAUAAUAGAGUUAUGGCGACAUAACAUACCUAACAGAAGCGCCAUAAAUCACCAAGUUUUGGUUGACGGCAGUUUUUGCUUAGAACCCUGCCAAGAACGGAACCCCCACCGAUAACUGGGAACUGCCUGUACUUGAUGCCCUUUUAAAAUGCUUAUAACUGCCUAUUUUGAUAGUUCUGACACACAAAAAAAAAAAAAUAAAAUAAAUAAAAAAAAUAAAAAUGCUUAUAUGCGAGUAUUUUAAUGGUUUUAUCACAAAAAAAUGUGGUCACAAAAAUAUAAAAAUACAAUAAUUACUGAAUAUUUUUCUAUGAAAAUUCCUCAAGUAUAUACAUUUUUGGCAAAUUUUCCUGCGAAUAAUGUGGACAUACAUUCCACAGCAAAAUCUGCGAAUAGCUGAAGGCCCGAAUCCAGAACCGUGAAUAGGCGUUGUCCACCGUAUAAGAUAAGAAUUGACUGGUUAAUGUUUAGCAAUUUUGAUGAAUUUUCUUCUAUCAGACAACCAGGUAUAAAUAAAAUCACAAAUUUUAAAUGUGAUCUGCUUUUGCUACUUAAUUGACCUUUUACAGACGAUAAUGUAGCACUUGACAUCUAGCAGGUUGUUGGUCAGAUCUUUAAUAAUGUUAUUUCUUAAGUUUCUUUUGUGGUUGAACUUUAUUACGGGUAAGUAAUGUGACGUUUGAAUAACUAAAGUGUUGCAAUAUGUAGGGAAGCAGUGUCAGGGACUGCAUUUAUGAAAAUUGUUUGGUUCUAUGUCAAAUUUCAUCAAAAAUCACGGACCAUGUGUGAACUUUGACCUUGGCAGAUAUGUAACUGAGUUCGGUCAUAAGCAUUCAUAUUUACUUAUAGAUAUUUUAAAUGAAUUUUAUAUAUACCCAUGUGAUGUUAUUGAACAUUCUCAGUGUGUCAUAAUAAAGGCACUUUGGUUAC